AUUUAACCAUGUUAGAGCAGGACUUUUCGAAAAUAGCCGACAAAGAAAUUAAUGAGGAUAAAGACCUGGAAGCACUUAUCGAACAACUUAAAAAUGAUCCGCUUGGCGAAUAUACGCGAAAAGAUAUCGAUAUUGUAGAGGUCGCAAAACGAAUACGACUUGGCUUAGAGUAUGCAACAUUUAAAAUCAAAAAUGGAUGGGAGAAAUACGAUGUCGCGACUUGUGAAAUUUUGUUUGAAGAAAAAAUACGCAUAAAUGCGAUUCCCGUUCCGAAGAUAUUAGGAAGGAUUAAAAGUGGCUUACCAACUCGUGAAUAUGAAUUACCAAUGGCUCCACAAUAUAUGGAAUACAAUAAUGAAUCAGGAAAUAAAGUUAAGGUUACAAACACGUCACCAAAAACAACAGCAAUGAAUGUUAAAUUUGAUAUCGCAAACGAUGCACUUCCCCACCAGCAUAUGCAAGAUUCUUUUCGCUUAUCCGGCUCAUCCAGACUUUCUGGAUCGAAAGCUGCCGCAAUAUAUGAAUAUUUAGAUUCACUAGAAAUGGCAUCACAAGAGCUAUGCAUUAACCAAGAUCCGAUGUCAUCUUUAUUAUCAACUUCGCAAUUUAUUGGAUCAAAUAACUUCUGUGCACAAGAUUUGGGACAAUCUUUUUUGGAGACAGGAUCAUUAAGAUCUAUUGAACCAAGCAAAUUAACCACUAGUAAAUCUAAAAAAUCACGCGACCAAUCUUCGAAACACAGACGAAGCAGAUCGUACAGAGCUAAUGAUAAAAUUGAUCCACUCAUCAGACAAUCAAUUCAUGAGCCUCAUUCGAUAUCAAAUCAAAUGGAAUCAAGUACAGGAUUGUUGCAUCAGCCUCCUGUUUUGAUCCCACUCACCUCCAAGAUCCCCGAACCCAGUCACGCAGGUAGUCACGUGAUCAACCGAAAUCCGGUAGUUUCGGAAGUUAUUUUAAAGGCUUUGGAGGAAAAUACUAAAAAAAAGAAAACAAAGAAGAGAAAAUCGAUUACCAUGAAUACCAGAAAAGGAAAGAAUAAACGUUCAAAACCGACUCUUCAUUCAACAAAUGAAGAUGUUGAAAUGGAUGAUUUUUUUGGUGCUACGCAAAGUAGUCUGCAUACUAUGAACUCAAAGCAAACCAUUAGUGAAAAUUCUUUGACUUCACGAAAAGCUACAGUGUCACCAAAUACUUUAUUUCAUGAACUUUGGGCAACUGCAAGCACAGUUGCACCACAAAAGACAGCUUCUACGUCUAGAUCUCCAGGACAGUUAUUCAAUGAACUUUGGGCAACUUCAAGCGUUACACAGAAGGACAAUACCGGGGCAGAAUCAACACUUGCAACUUCCAUGUCACCUGAUACAUUUCUUGAUGAACUUCUUGCUGCAAGUACUUAUGAAGACGAUGACGACGAAAGAACACCAAAAGAUAGCACUGCCGAAUCUACCCAAACAUUAGCGAUGUCCCCCGGCACUAUUUUCCGAGCUGCAUUAGAUGAUUGGGCAGCUGUUGAUUCUAAUUUUCCUAAUGCAAUCCUCUCUCAUUUGCCGAAUUUGCCAUCAUCUCCUUUGGCAUCUUCUCCACCACAUACACCUUCAAGAUUAUCAUCAAAUGUUCCCACACUCGCCUCUCUUACUUCAUCUUCGGCAAGGGUUCCCCUGACAACUACUGACCUUGACCCUCCAAGAACCCCUCCACAUCAAAUUCGUUCGGCAAUUGAUUUAUCGACGCCUAACUCGGCAUUUUCACUGAGUGAAUUUAUUAAUAUGUCUCCUACGCCAAAAUAG